GCAAAUAUUACCUGCUGUUGAAGUGUUUUUGCAUUGCAAGAGCGGCGGUCUUCUGUCCACACUUUGUUUCACGACUCAUAUUGUGGUAUCAGUUGAUUCAGUCACCAUACAAGCCAAAAAUCCUACUUACUCGCCUCGUGUGAUGCUCAUGCGUCAUCCUCACAAGGCCUGUAGCAUCCAAAGAGCUCAAAACUUUCUGUUUCCCCCAGUCGACUGGCUGUAGGAGGCAACAUGUCCACUGGAGCGUUCUGGCCUAGCGGAAACACACCCAACUUUUACCCCUCCGAGGUUUCAGAGAGGCCCAGUGCCACAGUUGUAUGGGAUUACCAGAAUUGCAUCCCACUCGUUCGAAUUCCCAGCUGGAACGGACCUAUUGCUCUUAUAACCCCUGUCGUGGUCCCCCCUGCUGGGAAUGAUCCAGCUGAUAAUAGGGACCCUUUUGAGAUAUUCGGCCAAUCGCUUUCUAGUCGAGAUUUCUCGAUACGGCAUGUCCCAUACACCAAAAACCAGGGUAUUACUGGUGUUCAUUUGGCAUUCAUUAGAAGAGCAAGGGUCGUUAUCUUCGUGAUUACCCAUCUGGACGGCCCUGGGUUCCCGCUCCAGCUGGGGUUUGCCGAGCUUGUGGCACAGAUAUGCGAGUCUCGACCGCUCAUAAUUCUUGCUUGCUGUAAUAUUGCCGGUCACAACAUUCCCAGUACAUAUUUUCAGACUCUAGUACAUGUCUCCGGGUAUGCCAACCAUGAGCUUCUAGUCGCAGCUUCUCUGUUUCUUGAUGGCGGGGUGGGCUUCACAGCACCGCAUGCGAACAUUGGUACAAGUGCAUCUGGACAGAAUCAAAUAUUGGAUGUCGAAUCUGCAUGGUCGGUACGGCCCUGGGUUGCCGAACGAGACCUAUUAGAAACGUGCGCGCUCUGGCAACAAUGCCUUCCCUACCCGUUUCAUCUCAACCCAGCAACUCUGGGACCUCUCCUGAAGAGAGAUGGCUAUGCAUUGCACUACGUUGUGCGAGACCCAGUUAAUGCAUCAUUGGUCGGAUUUUGUGCGGCAUACGCUACUUUCGCAGACAGUUUCGAUGUUGCUCUGGUAGGCUCCAUCGCCGCGGUCAUAGUGCACGCCGCCUAUAGAGGACGAGGAAUUGGCUCAUCUCUCCAUGACGCUGCCAUGAGCAGGCUUCAGAGAGUCAGGGGCGUGCAAAGAUUGCGCCUGGGGACGACAUUUCCUCGACUGCUCUGCGGCGUGCCGGUAGAGAUGAAUUAUGUGGACCAGUGGUUCGAGAGAAGAGGUUGGCCUGUCAGCACGCAAGGGCACGGAGGCCAGGGUAGCCUUGUCGCAGACUGGAUUCUUCGAUUCAUGGAUUUACCAAGCAUGUCGCUUUACUCCGUUGGCCUGGGGUUUAGGCAGUGCGUCGAUUCCGAUGCCGAGCAAGUCUUGAGUAUCGAGGAUCGCCAGCCUGCGACAAGUACCCACAGCCAUGGCUGGUAUGAUCUGUAUGCGCAGACAUUGAGGCAAGGGUAUAUAGGCGAUAUCAUAGUUGCUUAUGAAAACGAUACAAUAGUGGCUACUGCUGUUAUCUAUACGCCUGGCGAGCAGAGUCCAGCGGCACUUGAUAUACCCUGGCCGGCAACGUUGAGCAAUAGCAUUGGAGGAGUGACUUGCAUAUGCAUCAAAGACGCGAACAAUUCCCGAGAGAUAAUACUCACUGAACUCAUAUUUGCAUGCUCCCGGGCGCUGAGUCAACGGGGCAUGACAGGCAUGUUCCUGGACGGAGUGUCUCGUGGAGAAGCAGAAAUUAUCCCGCUCGGUUUUCAAAAGUGGAUGCAAUACAGGGAUGUAUGGAGAGAGAUGUGAUAUAGUCGCUUGGCGAUAUCUUGUGUCGGUUACUUAGUUGUAGCUGCGACGAUUUAUUGUUGUAUCGCCGCGAAGUAUGGUCUGGUGGA